UUACCACUCGCUACAAGCACGUUUCUGAAUCGUGCAUGGACACACGGUGACCUACUGUGUCGCUUGUUUCCCUUAUUGCGAUACGGCCUCGUUGCUGUCAGCCUGUUCACAAUUUUAGCAAUUACUAUAAAUAGAUAUGUUAUGAUUGGACAUCCAAGAAUUUACCCAAAAAUUUACCAACGAAAGUUUUUGAUUGUCAUGGUGGUCGGUUGCUGGCUUUUUGCCUUCUUGCCGCUGAUUUUCACGUGGUCCGGGCACUGGGGAAAAUUCGGCUUGGACAAAAACAUCGGAUCUUGCUCCAUUUUGCCAGUUGAAGGUCACUCACCAAAAGAAUUUCUCUUUAUAAUUGCAUUUGCGCUGCCGUGCCUCUGCAUCAUAAUUUGCUACGCUCGCAUUUUCUACAUUGUCCGCAAGACACACGAGUCUGUGAUAAAGUCCGUGGGAUCGAUCAAGAUUGUUCACACAAACAGCAACAUGAAACUAACGGCAAGCAAUGCUCCAUUGGCCGAGGAGGAAAAACUCUGCUACGACGAGAAGAAGCAACAAAUGCAACCAACGACGCCACCGCCGCCGCCACAAGAGAAUAAUUCCGAAAAGCAAUUGUUUCCGAAGCACAAUAAUCACUACAUGGACAACAAUAGGCGACGACGACGAACGAUGACGAAGAAAAAUAACAAUAAUAAUGAUCAUCGUCAUCACGAGAAAAGUCACAAAAUUCACCGAAACAGCAACAGCAGCGAUUGUAAUAAUCAUGCGGCAGCUAUUGUCGUGACACAAGAACAACCAAGCAAUAUUAGUGUGGGAAGUAGUUAUAAUAGCAGCAGUAGUGCGAGCAAUAACGAGAAUAAUAUUUUCACGUGGAAAAACGAAAGCAACGGAAGCGAACGAACGACAAAGGACGUCGAUAUAUCGCGAACCAGCAGUCUCUACAAUCGCCAACGACGAUACCUGAGCAAAUUGGACAAAGACGAGGACCUAAAGUUCAUUGACACCAGCAUCGAAAGUGACCUGCCACCGACACUCUCCAACUUACGGCAGAAAGACGCACGAAAAUUAUCUGCACAAUUAAGUGUAAGAAUAAAUGAAAUGAAUAAUUUUGUAAUAAAUGGUGCAACGGCAGCGGCAGCAGCAACAACUACGGCGGAUUUGCAUGAUGAUGACGAUAAAAUUGCAAAUGAAUUCGACUCGGCAAUGGAAUACAGUAGCAGUGUGACGACAAAUAACAGCAGUAGUUUAGCUACGGAACAGAUUUAUCGCGAAAUUAAGGAUGCCAACAAAUUAAGCAACAGUACGCAAUACCUCGCUGUACAAAUUGAGCCGUCAUCAAGUUCAGGCAUUGAAAUUCCGUAUGACCACGAUACAAAAUGUGCUGAUACCACAACGUCGAACAACGUGGCUCCGUCUCCGUCGAAUUGCAUGGUGAAAAAGCGUUCUUUCGUACAAAAGCUACGCAAAAGUACGCGUCUUGCACACCGAAAACGCUCGAUGGGCAACACAUCUGGUGCCUCGAUGAUGUAUCCGGGUCGCAUGACACCCAAAGAUCGUCGACUCUUGAAAAUGAUUCUCGUUAUUUUCGUAUCGUUUGUCAUUUGUUACCUGCCAAUCACCAUUAACAAAACCUUCGAAAGCAUCGGACAGAAUCAUUUCAUGAAUAUCACGGGAUAUCUUCUCAUCUACCUGACAACUUGCAUCAAUCCCAUCAUUUAUGUCGUGAUGAGCUCGGAAUAUCGACAGGCGUACAAAAAUUUGCUAAUGUGCCGUAAUGGAAAUGUGCGACAGGGCAAAAUGGAAAUUCAACGGAAUGCCUCGCCACGAGCAUGACAAAAAAUUAUAUUUGCAUCGAAAGCUGUGAUGAUGACGACGACAACAACAUCGUCCGCGACAACCACGAGCAAUGUGACAGCCAGUACGUCGACAACCAAAUGAAAGGCUCUGGCGUUCGUUACAUUGCGUGACCAACAACGAUGAUGAAACGACGAAAAAUUAGUAAUUUUUAACAUUCCAAAAGUAGUUAAAGCAAAAUUUAAAAGAAACAGGAUUUUAAAUCUGAAUUUAAUUCAAUUAGGAAGUAAAUCAAAAGAGGAAAAAAUAUACGAUUCACUGCCAAAUCGGUAAUUAAGUGUCUUCAAAAACUCAUCAAAAUGAGAAAUUUAUUAAAAUAGUAUUAAAGCUUUUAUUCGAAAAUAUUUAAAAAAACAA